AUUUACUGUGUGCCUAUAAAGUUCAGAUCUACACCGCAAACUUAGCCAGAGAGAUUGUAUAGUUGCGCUCUUCAUACGCGGAGCGGCAGUGACGAGAUCGCCCGGCGGACAUGACUAGCUCAAGCACAGGCUUGAUCGAGCAGCUGAAUACACAACUUUAGGAUUCGCACAACACGGGAGAAACUGUUGUGUGUUGGAGUAGCCGAUCCUAUUUCUCUUUGUACACGGGGGAUUACGUCACGGAGAGUACACCCUCACCUACACAAGCAUCAGGUACUGUGACAGGAGGAACCAGCGAGAGUAACUCUGGCCAGCAAUGAUGUGAACAUACAAGUAGAUGUGAAAUUAGAAGUAAAAGAUGGAGACAAUGGCUGAGGUUGAGGCCACACUCGUCGUCAAUGACUCGGAAACUCUUCUCCGGCGGGAUGUGCGCGAUAUGCUCAGUGAGAAGUACUUCACUUUGUCUCUUCCAACGACAAUAUUCCAGAUUUUAAUGAGUGCAUUGGGAAUAUUUGGCAACACGGUUCUGUUGCUGAUAUGCUGGCGCAGAAAGAUGCACAACUCCGCGAUGUUUUACAUCGGCUCCUUGGCUGUGGUUGAUCUGUUUGCCUGUGUUAUCGUCAUUCCUCUUCAAAUCGUCCACUCGUGGCGCUAUUAUACAUACUAUGAUGACAUUGCCUGUAAGGCGUUCCAGUGGUUCAAACUGUCUACCUUGGCCUCGUCUUGCCUGUUGUUUAUGGGAAUCGCGGUGGACCGGUAUAGGGCAGUCUGUCAUCCGUUCAGCUGGAGACACUCUGACAGGAAGAGAGUCUUUGUCAUCCCCUGUGUCUGUAUACUGGCCGGUGUCACCUGUAUGGCCCCAGAACUUGUCCUCGUUGGUAUUCAAGAGUACAGCGUUAACCAAACCAUCCUCAAAUUCCAUUUUUCAGCGGAGGAAAAAGCUACCAUGGAUUUUAGCCAAUCAGCGAACAUCUGUGAACAUUUGAAUUCCUUUUCCAACUCCUGGGAGCUGACAACUUUUCUCUCUGUCGCCUUGGCAAUUUUUAUCGUCCUAGUAGCCGUUGCUAUUGUUUGCUAUGGACGCAUUACUUGGACUAUGCAUCAAAAUAGAAAACAGUUUACGGAAACCUCAAAUAACAGUGAGAGCAGGCAAUCAACAGUGCCUCUAAGACAAAAAGGAAGGGGUGCUUUAAAUAGCACAACCUCUAAUGAUAUAGCGGAAUCAGCGUUGUCUGAUAUGAUGCGCAAAAAAGACUCGGCCACCGCUGAGGAAGGGAGGCAAAGAGACAGUAUUGUGCAGAAACAUGUUACUGUGUCAUUGGACAUCAAGGACAUUAACAACACACUCCAGGAUCCAAGGGCUAACUCUGAUGAACUACCAUCCAGAAAGUCAUCACUGGCAAACGAGAGUCGUAAAGGUUCUGUGGAUAUGGUAUCCAUCAGUAAAAAGCAAUAUGAUGUAGCCAGAGCACUAAUGGUGGUCACAAUAGUCUUUCUGCUCAGCUGGCUUCCGUACUGGAUCAUCGCCAUAUAUGGCGUGAUCUUUGACGACUAUCACAUCACACUCUCCACUGGACUCACAGCCCUGUUAGUCUUUGUGGAACAGUUAUUCUUCCUGAACAAUGCUGUCAACCCGCUAGUUUAUCUGAUGUUUAGCGGAGAGUUUCGACAGCAAUGUAAACAACUCUUUCGGAAAGGACUCCGGGGGAGCAGAUCUGAAAGCCACUGAUGUACGCAGAUAGAUGGAGAUUGCAAGGGUGGGGGGUGGGGGUGGGGUGUGGGAUUCGAGUUACUGGUACAAAAAAAAACUCGUGGGACAAAAACGUAUUUGCUGAAAGGUUUUGAUAUUGUUUCAUUUUGCCAGUUAAUGUACAUUGUUUAAGAUUUCUGAAUCCAUCCAUCUUUAGCCGCGCUCAGUUUAUGUGACAUGUCCCGUCAGAGUAUAACGCUCUGCGCACGAUACCGUUGAUAUUAGGCAGGGAAUCUGUCGUGGUAGAUAGCUGUUCUGGGGCAGUUAUCGAUUCGGUAAUUCAGUUCAGAUGGGCGCUGUGUGAUGUCAUUGUACACAUACAUGUGUUAUAGACCUUUGUUCAUCAUUGCGAAUAGAGCUUAAACUGUCUUUCAUAAAAUAACUUUUUAUAAUAAACUUAACUUAUUUUCUCUAAUUGCUUCUUAUUGUUCUUGUGAGCAAACAUAUAUAUAA